AUGGCCAACUCAUCGCUCUUCGAGGUCUACCUGCGCCUGCGCCCCGCCACCGCCGGAGCCCGCUUCCUCGACAUCGAGGCGCCGCAGACCGAGUUCCCCUCCCACAUCACCAUCAAGCCGCCGGAGAACGACCGUCGCAAGAAGGCCGUCGAGCGCUUUGCCUUCACCAGGGUUUUCGAAGAGCAUGCCGCCCAGCUUGACCUCUUCGAAGGCACCGGCCUGGUGCCCCUCAUUGAGGGCGUGCUGGGCCCCGAGGGCCACGAGGGCCGCGACGGUCUUCUGGCAACCCUGGGCAUGACGGGCUCGGGAAAGAGCCACACCAUCCUGGGCUCCAAGUAUGAGCGCGGCAUGACCCAGAUGGCUCUCGACGUCCUCUUCGCCAACAUCGGCGACCUGCUCGUCGACCCUGCCACCUCGUCGUCAACCUUCCCUUCCAUCGCCGCCGCCGAUGUCUCCGAAGCCCACGUCUUCCCCGCCUCGCUCUACCUCGAUGCCCUCUACGGAGACUCCCAUGCGGCCUCCAGAGCCCAGACGCCAGGACUGGUAUGCUCACCAACCACCACUCCCACCCACACCCCCUCCGUCAGCCUAUAUUCCAGUCUUGUACAAAAGCUCAGCCAGCUCGGCAAUGAGAAGAAAUCAUCUCCUUCCAAAUUACCGUUCCUCAGCACCAAAAGUCUCGUCUCAGAGAGCAUUACACGCGUCACACGUAGUACAGCAGCUAAGAUGAAAUCACCCGCAAAGGACGGCAACAGUUCCUUCCUCAGCACCGCCGCCUUCGCCUCCAAGCAACGCCAUCAGAUGCCGCGCCUCUCGAACAUGCCCGACCACCCGCCCGUCGACGACAUCGCCGUCGACGUCGACCAGACGGCUGAGUACGCCAUUGUCGUCUCCAUGUUCGAAGUUUAUAACGACCGCAUCUUCGACCUGCUCACGGGCGCUUCUCAGAGCUCGAAGCUCAUGAACGGUGGCCGCCGCCGUGCCUUGCUCUUCAAGCCGACCGAGCAUUCGCCAGACCGCAAGCAGGUCGCCGGCCUCAAGAAAAUCAUCUGCAGCAGCCUGGACGAGGCGCUUAUGGUUCUGGAGACGGGCCUGCUGGAGCGAAAGGUCACGGGUACCGGCAGCAAUGCCGUCAGCUCGCGCAGCCACGGCUUCUUCUGCGUCGAGGUCAAGAAGCGCCACAGGGCCACAAGGGGCCCCUGGAGCAGCAGCACCCUGACCAUAUGUGAUCUUGCCGGCUCUGAACGCGCCCGCAACGCCAAAACUGCCGGCGAGACGCUGGCCGAAGCGGGCAAGAUCAACGAGUCGCUCAUGUACCUGGGCCAAUGCAUGCAAAUGCAAUCCGACAUCAGCGCCGAGGCCGCUGCCAACGGGAACGGCAACAACAAACGCGCCGUGAUGCCCUUCAGACAGUGCAAGCUGACAGAAUUGCUUUUCGCCAACUCCUUCCCCAGCUCGAACAGCUCCCACCACUCCCACCACUCCCACCGCGUCCCGCAACGCGCCAUCAUGGUCGUCACCGCAGACCCGCUCGGCGACUACAACGCCACUUCGCAAAUCCUCCGCUACUCGGCCCUCGCCCGCGAAGUCACCGUUCCCCGCGUCCCCUCCGUCACCUCCACCAUUCAACUCGGGACGCACCAACAACCCCGCCGCCCCGCCACCAGCCACAGCAAUGGCCGCAUGACGCCCUCCAUCGUGCACGCCCUCGAAGAACAGCUCGACAACACCCUGACCGAGGUGAUCCGCCUUGCCGACGCCCUCGACGUGCUGCACAUUCAGCUGCGUGACGAGCGCGAGCGCCGCCGCCAGGCGGAAGCGGGCUGGCGCGCUGCCGAGGAGAACGCGGUUGAUGCGGAAGCCGCGUUGCGCGAGGAGCUGUAUGCAGAGUACGAAAGCCGCCUGGAGGGCUUGCAGCGGAGAUAUAAGGCGAGUUGGGACGAGGAGGCGGAUCGGGCGGACGAGCAUUGGGAUCGGAAGGUGGAGAUCUUGACGAAGGGGGUUGUAAAGGUGAGGGAAGAUGGCGGUGACGAUGAAGACGAAGAAAUGGCGGGAUCAAGCAGCAGGGAGCGGGACGAAGAGCAGCAGCAGCGCAUCGGCGAGCUAGAAGACGAGAACGCGGCGCUGCGGAGGCAGGUCGACAUGCUGCAGCGCGAGCAGCAGAUGCGCAGCCCGUCGAAGAGCCACCGUCAUCCUCCUGGUGAUGGCAACGCCGUCCGCAUGGGCGCUGGCAUUUCGCUGACGCCCAAGGUCCAGCUGCCGCUGCGCUCGCCCAGCAAAGGGGCGAACGUGCUGCUUCCCGGCCCGAGGCGGCAGCGCGCUCUCGGGAAGAAGCGGUGGGAGAUCGAGAACGAUCCGUUUGAUAGUGAUUGA